ACUAACACAGUUCUGAGCAACUUAGAGAGAGAAAUCAGAAACCAAGAAAAAAAAAAGACAGAAACAGAAAGCAAAGAGGUUAGAGAGAGAGAGAGAGAGAGACAGAGCGGUUUUGGGAUUCGGAAACGUCGAUUCAGCAAAACCCAAAACACCACCAGCCAGCGACGACGACGACGACGACGACGACGAUAGCUACGGCGGCUUCCCCCUGACCGGACUCAGUAAAAGCAGUAUUCCACUCUCCCUCCGCCACUUAAAAGCGGUUUUAAGGGACCAGAAAAAAGCGGAAAGCGGUUUUGUAACUGAAACAGAGCGGGCCUUAGAUAAAAAUCUCACCCAAUAAUAUCACUUCACACACAUAACCGUCGUGUCUCCUUAGCCCUUCCCUUCUUUCCUUCUUUAUUAUUAUUAUUUUUUUCUCUUUUGGUUUUCUCGCCUUCGUUAGGUCUCUUGCUCAUUAAUGGGGUAGCCUCUCACUCUACUGUCUCCACCAGAAAAAAAUUUUUUUUUUCCCUUUUUUAUUUGAACUUCUUCUGUGGAAUCUGUGUUUUGCUGUUCUGCAUCGCCUGUACGAGUAAGACUUUGUUUCGAUGGCAGCUCUAAGGGGUUCGUCGGUUUGUCGUGGGGAUUCAGGUUUGGGUGGUGGUGAUGAUCUGGACACGGAGCUCUGGAAGGCAUGUGCAGGGCCGUUGGUGGACGUUCCUCGGGCUGGGGAGAGAGUCUUUUACUUUCCCCAGGGGCACAUGGAACAGUUAGAAGCUUCAACGAAUCAGGAACUGAACCAGCAGCUCCCUCUGUUCAAUCUUCUUUCCAAGAUCCUCUGUCGCGUUGUUCAUGUUCAGCUACUGGCAGAACAAGAGACGGAUGAGGUUUAUGCUCAGAUCACUUUACAACCAGAAGCAGAUCAAAAUGAACCUACAUGUCUUGAUCCAUGCUCACCCGAGCCUCCAAAGCGGACAGUUCACUCCUUCUGUAAGAUUUUGACAGCAUCAGACACAAGCACACAUGGAGGGUUCUCUGUUCUUAGGAAGCAUGCCAAUGAGUGCCUUCCUGCAUUGGACAUGACUCAAGCAACUCCAACUCAAGAGUUAGUAGCCAAAGAUAUUCAUGGGUAUGAGUGGCGAUUCAAGCAUAUAUUUAGGGGGCAACCAAGGAGACAUUUGCUUACAACAGGGUGGAGUACCUUUGUCACUUCCAAAAGAUUGGUAGCAGGAGAUGCCUUUGUUUUCCUUAGGGGUGAUAAUGGUGAGUUACGAGUUGGGGUGCGGCGUCUUGCUCGUCAGCAGAGUAUCAUGCCAUCAUCUGUGAUAUCCAGCCAAAGCAUGCAUUUAGGAGUGCUUGCUACUGCUUCUCAUGCUGUUACAACUCAAACCCUCUUUGUUGUGUAUUACAAGCCAAGGACUAGCCAAUUCAUUAUAGGUGUAAACAAAUAUCUGGAGGCAGUAAAAAAUGGGUUCCCUGUUGGAAUGCGUUUCAAGAUGAGAUUUGAAGGAGAAGACUCUCCUGAGAGAAGGUUCACUGGAACUAUAGUUGGGAUUGGAGAUAUUUCCCCGCAUUGGUCAGAAUCUAAAUGGCGGUCCUUGAAGAUUCAAUGGGAUGAACCUGCAACAAUUCAAAGGCCAGAGAGGGUUUCUCCAUGGGAGGUAGAGCCUUUUGUUGCUUCCUCUUCAGUUCCUGUGAAUCCUGCUCAGUCAGCAGCAAAGAACAAAAGGCCACGACCUGUGGACAUUCCUGCCUCAGAACUUACUACCAACUCAGCUGCUUCAACCUUCUGGUAUCACGGAUCAACACAGUCACAUGAUUUAACCCAAUUAGGAAGUGCCAAAGAAGUCCAGAGCAGUGAAAGCCAAGUUAUCUGGCCAAUGAGGCAGAAAGAAACUGAUAGCAAUCAUGUUGGCAGCAACUGCAGCUAUACCUCGAAGGUCCAUGCUGAAAGCACUUGGCUGCCUUCUCACACGAAUGUCUCUUUAAACCUUUUUCCAGAUGCAAUGGGUGAAAACAAGACACCAACUUCGCGACCUUUUCUCUCUGGUUACCCUUCACCUGCUCCACUGAGGCCAAGCAAUGGUGCAGUGCAUGAUCAGGUUGACAUUGGGAAAAAAUCCGAGUCCUCUACUGGCUGCCGGUUGUUUGGAAUUAAUCUAAGCAAUAGUAGUGGUCCUCCUCCUGAGAAGGAACCUGCAUCUGCAACUGUCAAUUCGAGCUGUUUGAGGGGACCUGUUCUGGCUACCUUGGAUGCUGAUAGGGUUCAAAAUGUUGAUAGUUCAAAGGCUUUUAAGGAACAGAAGCAAGUCCCAGUAGAGGCAUCGCCCAAAGAGAUGCAGACUAAGCAGGUCUCUGCUAUUUCUAAUUCCACAAGAACUCGUACAAAGGUGCAAAUGCAAGGGAUUGCAGUUGGUCGUGCUGUUGACCUGACUGUGCUGAAAGGAUAUAAUGAACUCAUAGAUGAACUUGAGAAAAUGUUUGAUAUCAGAGGAUCUCUUUGUGCUCGUGACAAAUGGGCAGUUGUUUUUACUGAUGAUGAAGGUGAUCAGAUGCUCGUGGGUGAUGAUCCGUGGCCCGAAUUCUGCAAGAUGGUAAGGAAGAUUCUCAUAUGUUCAACUGAGGAGGUGAAGAAGAUGACGGCUAAAUGUAAACUUCCAUCGUCUUCGUCAUUGGAGGUUGAAGGGACCGUUUUAAGCUCGGACUCUGAUCAUAAGUCUGAAACAUGAAAAUUUAGAAGCCGUUUUAUUUAUUUUCCUUUGUGGUGUAUUUUGUUUCCUUUGGUUUUGGAAGGUGGGAAAGAGACCCUGGUAGUAGUUUAUUUUGCAAUGUGUUUUCAUUUUGGAAAUAGAAGGGGUGAUUUACGAAUAUGGAAUACGGUAAAUUGACGAAGUAAGUAAAACUCUGAUCCCAAAGGAUAGGAUGAUUCUAGUUUUAGGACUGGAAACUCAAAACCUGUGUAUACCUUUGCUUUGUGGGGGUGGUGUGGAUUAACUCAAAGUCGGUUAAAGCUUAAAGCAUGUAAAAACAUAAAUGCUUGGAUCGUGU